UGGUACCUGGGCCUUCAAUGGGGACUUGACCAGACAGAAUUUUUCAUGGCAGACACUCAGAGGGCUAGUAUUGUUAAAAAAAUAAUGACAAUAAUAAGGCUGUCUUCCACUAAGGAUUUUCAUAGUCGAAUCUGAUUCGUGAGCUUUCGUCCAUCGUCGACUAACAGUCAAAUGCGUGUUUUUUUAAAGAGCCGAGCUAAUGAACAAUGACAAAUAAACAAAUCUCAUUUGCGACUUUUUCCCCAACUCAAAAGAGGACAAACCACUCAGAUAAACAGGGAGAUGGCUCCCCAAACAAGCAAGCUUCCUGUUUCUGACAGCAGAGAGCACGCCAUGUUAUCUACAGCGCACACACACACAGGAAGAGCCAUCAGCCUAGUGGACUGCUCUCUCAGUUCUGCUGCUUUAUUUCUUGCAGAAAAUAGGAUGCGAGGAGAAAGAAGGAAGAUGCAAGAAACCUGGAUGAAGUGUUAACGCAACUGGAAGCUGAUGAAAGCUGUGAAAGAGGAAAGGGGGCGGGGCUGAAGUCACGUGAGGGGGAGGAAGUAAAGCACCACGACGGAGGGAUGAGAAGAACUUCCACUCUCCUCCUGACUAGCAUCAGACGACGCUCCUGACUCAUGCUCCUGCCGGAUGGACCCAAACCACUCUUAUUCUCGCCUUCAGACAUGCACUUCUACCAUCAGGGGGGGCUCACGUGGGCGACCAUGUUGGGCCAGAGCGUGCGUCUGCAGCCCGUGGCCAUCCAGAACCUGUCGGAAGUGGAGCGAGCCAGACUCCAGCAAGUGGCCUUGUAUCACCUCGACCAGAGGGACCUGGACUUUAAGAUCAGCAUUCCCAGAGAAGUACGCAAACGAAGAAAAUCCCUGCGCAGGAAAUUUGACUCUUUUUCCAAGGAAAAAAAGGAGCGUGAGUCAGCCCCCAAGGCAUUUGGCAUCCCGCUCUCGCAGGUCAUCGCCAACGACCGCGCCUUCAAGCGGCGUCAGGAUGCCCUGAAGGAGAGCAGGCGGGACUGCUUGGAGCUGGAGGCCAGCAUCCUGCACUUCAGGUCCGAGAAGAGGCAGUUUUUUAAUGGCAACAAGCCGCUGGUCGGCUCUUCCUCUCUUUCGGGUGGUCUUGCUUUGCCGCCGGCCAACUCUGUGGCCCCGGCGCCGCCGUCUGAGGUGCAGAACAAGCUGCUUUUGGACAAUAGCGGGCGAGCACAGAGACGGGGCGGCCUGUCCGUGGACUCCAUCUCCGACCUGGUGGACAGUCAGUCUCGCCUACUGGAGGCACUGCAGCUCUCGCAUCCGGCCGAGCUCGAGCUGAAGAAGAGCGGCAGCUCACCCGAGGGUAGGAGCCAAAGCAAGCUGAGCCUCAACCCCAUCUACCGGCAAGUUCCGCGGGUUCUGGAGCGCUGCUGUCGGCACAUCGAAACCCAUGGUCUCCAGAUGGUGGGCAUCUUCCGAGUGGGCAGCUCCAAGAAGAGAGUGCGGCAGCUGAGAGAGGACUUUGACAUGGGCGUGGACGUGCAGCUGGACGAGGAGCAAAGCGUGCAUGACGUGGCAGCCUUACUGAAAGAGUUCUUGAGGGACAUGCCAGACUCGCUGCUCACCAGAGAGCUAUACCCCGCCUUUCUGCACGCUAACCUUCUACGAGGAGCAGAGCAGCUCCAGUACCUGCAGCACCUCCUCUACCUUCUGCCUCCCUGCAACUGCGACACGCUGCUGCGGCUCCUCACCUUGCUGCACACGGUGCAGAGCUUCGCACAGGACAGUGUCGGCACCAGUGACGAGGAGAUCCCCGGCAACAAGAUGACUGCCGCCAACCUGGCCGUCAUCUUUGGGCCUAACUUGCUCCAGAAGGAAAGAGGAGGGGAUGUGAGCCUGCAUGCCAUGGGCAUCGAGGACAGCACGGCCAUCAUUAACGUCACGCUGGUGCUCAUCCAGAACUACAGGAGGCUCUUCACGGUAUCGGCCGAGUUGCAACAGGAAGUCUUGAUGAGUCUUAUCCAGACCGAUCCCGACAUCAUCGACUAUCUUCUCCGGCGUAAACUCAGUGGCAGCCACGUGACAGUGGAGACCAGCGGCGAGUCGGGGGGCCGCCGAGACACUGGGGCCUCUCUAGACUCGGUGGGGGCCUCCAGCGGGAGUCUGUCGCCGCUGGAGCCCCCCUCGCCCCUCUUCCCCCCCGACGGGAGCGGCUGCGAGGGCAGCCUAACCAGCGAGGUCUUCCUCAACGUGCUCAAACUGAACCAGAGCAGGAAGCGACACGACUCCAGAUACGGUGAUAUCCGGCCCCGUAAAUCCAUCAGCCUCAUGCGUCAGUUCCAUUCCCACCACAAUCUGCUGAGCCUGGCCCAGCAUCCCUCCUUCUGCUCCACCGCCUCUACCUCCAGUCUGCAUGACCCAGACACGGGCGGCGAACGCGGGGGUUUCUUGUUGGGUGGCGAAGGCAGCGGCGGCUCCACCGACAGCAGCAUUUGGAUGAGGCAGACGCCUACCGGGGAGGGUAAGGCCUCACCCUCAGCCAGCUUCUGGGACUUCUUCACUGGGAAAGGGUCGAGCUCUGAGACCGUGGUAUGAUUGAUGGAUGGAGGUUUAGAGGUUAUAGAUCAAGUUAUGCUCAAAAUUUACUUUUGUGUUUGACUUUCGACUUCUAAAAAUGCAUUGGCCAUUUAUGCGCAUCAUGUGUACAUAAUGUAUUUUUACACAUUAUAGAGCUGCACAAUUCAUUGUAGCGUCCAUGAUAACACCACUACUUUGUUUUAUUUUUAUGUGGAAUAUGCAAUAAAGUGUCCACUGUAAGCAAGUUAAAGCAGCCCUCAGCUUGUGUUGCGAGUCAAAAUGGAGCCCUAACUACUGAUGGCGUUGUAUGCCACUUUUACCACCAGUGGGCAGCAUGUACCACCUUGGACAAUAAUGGGCGCAACACACCGGAGGCAACAAACUGCGAUUGGUGAAACUCAUCGCCAACAUGUUCCAAACCCUGCACACGGGAGGGGACGAGCGGCUGUGACCAGCGACACCGGUGAGCGAUGCGUUCACGUCCGGAACGAAUUGUACGAGUCUCCCGCGGUUUUGAUUGGCUGUCAGAUGUGGCUUCAGAUGUGGCUUAGUGACGUGUCGGACGAAUCGGCAAUAGGAGCCGGCUCUUUUAAUGAACCACUGCAUACGGUCCGCUUUGUUUGGGAGCCAAUUGGGAUCCGAUUGGUUUUUUUCGGGGUUUUUUCUGUUAAAGGCGAACGUCAUUGGUCAAGAUGUGUGGCUGCAUCUGUGUCCACACUCAGCAGGGGGCCAUAGAGGGGCGGGGUUAAACACUGGUGCUCUUAGAGCCGAUUCAGUCGUGAGAAAUUUGCAUGAAGAGAUUUAACCUAUUUUGACCUCAUUUGUCUAUUGAGAUUGGUCUUUCUGUAUUAUAUAUUUUUGUAGCUGUUCAUUGAGGUUUAAAUAAAUCCUUUUAAAUAAGAAA